AUGUCUAAUUCAUUAAAGGUUUGGGCACUUACACUCCUUACUGCAUCAACAACACUCGUUUCCGGACUCAAGUACACCGCCAGCGAAGUCGAUUACAACCUCAACACCAACAGAGAAGCAACAAAUCCACACCAAUACUCGGGAAAGAGGGACAACCACACCUUCCAAGAAUCACCAACAAAUUGGCGUUUCCCAUUCUAUACGUUAUUCAUCGAUCGUUUCGUCAAUGGCGACCCCGACAACGACAAUGCCAACGGCACGCUAUUCGAACAUGAUAUCAUGAGCAACCAGCUCCGUCAUGGAGGAGACGUGGAGGGUCUGAUCGACACGUUGGACUACAUUCAGGGCAUUGGAGUGAAGGGUAUCUACAUUGCUGGCUCCCCAUUCAUCAACGACCCAUGGAAGGCGGAUUCAUACUCGCCUCUCGAUCUCACCCUUUUGGACAAGCACUUCGGUAACAUCACGGCAUGGCAGAGAGCCAUCGACGAGAUCCAUGCGAGGGGGAUGUAUGUGGUCAUGGACCAGACAAUGGCGACCAUGGGCGAUCUCAUUGGUUUUGAGGGUUAUCUCAACGCGUCCACCCCCUUCCUGACCGAGGAACACAAGGUUCUCUGGAAGUCUUCCCGCAGGUACCUCGAUUUCGACAUUGGCAACACAUACAACGAAUCUUGUGAUUACCCUGCUUUCUGGUUCGAGGAUGGUAGCCUCGUUGCCUCUAACGUCACCGCUCAACUCAAGGGUUGCUACGACAGUGAUUUCGACCAGUAUGGUGACAUUGAGGCUUUCGGUGUUUUCCCGGAUUGGCAGCGUCAAUUGGCAAAGUUCGCCUCCGUGCAGGACCGUCUUCGUGAGUGGGUCCCGUCGGUGCGUGAGCGUCUCGAGCUCUACUCUUGCAUGACCAUUCAGACGCUGGAUAUCGACGGUUUCCGUAUCGACAAGGCUGUCCAGGUGACCGUCGACGCUCAGGCUGAAUGGAGUACCGCUAUGCGGAAGUGCGCCAAGGACGUCGGCAAGGAUAACUUCAUGGUUGUUGGUGAAAUCACCAGUGGUAACACUCUGGGUUCCAUCUACCUUGGUCGUGGCCGAACUCCCGAGAUGGCUUCGUCGUUGGACCUUGCCACUGCCGCCAACAUGAAGUCUAACGACUCCGCUAAUUCCGGCGUCUUCAUUCGUGAGCACGGUAAGAGCGCGCUCGAUGGUGGUGCUUUCCACUACUCCAUCUACCGUUUCAUGACUCGAUUUCUUGGUAUGAGUGGUCAUCUCGAGGCUGGUUACGAUCUUCCCACCGACUGGGUUCAGACUUGGAACCAAAUGGUUCUGACAAACGAUUUCUACAACGCAAACACUGGAGAGUUCGACCCUCGCCACCUGUACGGAGUUACGAACCAGGACGUUUUCCGUUGGCCUGCGAUUGAGCUGGGUACUGAGCGCAUGCUUCUCGCAUACUUCAUCACCACUCUGCUUCUUCCCGGUGCUCCUCUCGUUUACUACGGCGAGGAGCAGGCUUUCUAUGUCCUGGAUAACACUGCAAACAACUACGUUUUCGGUCGACAGGCGUUCUCUGCUGCUCAAGCUUGGAAGUACCAUGGUUGCUAUGCUGGCGACAACUCUGUCUACGUCAAUUGGCCCAUCACGAAGGGUCGCAAGGGAUGUGAGGACGAUACCGUUGCCUACGACCACCGCGAUCCCUCCCACCCCAUGCGCAACUGGAUGAAGCGCCUCUUCUCUUUCCGUGAUGAGUACCCCGUCCUGGAGGGUGGUUGGCUCGUUGAGCAGUUGGCGAACCAGACCCAGUACAUUCUGCAUAACGGCAGUGGCUCCGCCACCGAGACUGGUAUCUGGAGUGUAGCCCGCGACUACCUCAGCAGUGCGCAGUCUGGCAAGACCAGUGACCCCGUUUGGCUGGUCUACCACAACAGCCCCAACGAGACUACCUACACUUUCGACUGCAACUCCGACGACGCCUUCAUUGCUCCCUUCGACGCCAGCAGCAAGGUUCGCAACUUGUUCGGCAGCGAUGAUGCCAUCACCCUCGAGAGCUCGUCCAAGACGAACACUUUUACAGGCACUACCAAGAAGGCUGGUUGCUUGAGCUCCAUUACGAUGACUCCUUUCGAAUUCCGCGCCUAUGUUCCCUCCGCCAAGUGGAAGGAAAUUGCGCCUGUGGUUACUGGAUUCGAGCCUGGCCACGACUACCCGAUCGACUCCACCAAUGCCAAUGGCGUGGUUCCCAUUGCUAUCAAGUUUUCCACCGAGGUGACCUGCAGCGACAUUACCAAUGCUAUUAGCGCCUACGUCAACGUUGACGGCAACACCAAGACCAACGUCACCUUCGAUACUCCUGUCUGCGGUGCGAUGGACCCCAUUGAGAAGGAGUCCUGGACUGGCGCCAUUCCCUCCGUUUACAAGUGGUCUGCCAACCUCCAGAACGUCCCUGACGGCAUCAUCAAGAUCACUCUCGACCACCCGGCUGGCACCAAGGGAACCAAUGCCACUGACCACUUCCUUGUCCGCUUCGGCAAGCCCUACAACCCCAUCGUCUUCCCCUCUACUGCGAACUAUUCUCGUUCUCUGAUGAAGGAGAGCAACGGCGUCUACACGAUCAACCACUCGGCCGCCGGUGCUAACAAGUGGCGUUACAGCACCAACUGGGGCUCCAGCUGGAGCAACUGGCAAGUUUACACUGGUGCCAACUCCCGCAUGGUUGACCAGGCUUGGGAGGGAACCGACCUUCAGAAGUGGGAGGGCAAGCACUUGAUUGUCCAAUACUGGAGUCAGCCUCUGGGAUCGUCUUCCUUCUCCCAGCACUCCGACAGCAGCGACAUCCCGUACGCUCGCCGAUGGCCUCACAUCUUCCUCCACGGACCGUUCAACAAGUGGGGAUACGACGCCGGUCUUCCCAACCUUAUGGACCAAGUUGCGGACAACGAGUGGUCGCUUCACUUCAUGUACGAGUGGCCUGCCCAGGUUCAGCUCAACCUCUGGGGUAUCAACCCCGACAACCAGCCUGAUGUCUCGUUCAUCUACGGCGACCCCAACGGUGAUGGAGUUCUUGAUCGUCUCCCCCCCAGUUCCUUGUCUGACAACGUGGUCAAUUUGACCAGUCCUCCCCCCAUGCCUUAUCUGUCUUACAAGCUUGUUCUGAACGACGCCAACUGGAAUAUUUCUACUGAGCCCCAGGGCAACAUGUGGAUCCAGAUUAUGUUCUUCUUCCUCCUGGGUCUUAUGCCCAUCGUCCUGGCCGCUCUUGCCGGAUGGAUCUACAUGAAGGGAUUCUACCAAGUCAAGAUCAACAAGUCAGGCUUCUCCAAGAAGGGUUGGUUACCACUCAAGCUCGGGAAUGAGUCCAGCAUUAACUUCGGAGAAAAAGGCAAAUCUCUCGAGAUGUCCCAGAUUCCCCCAUCUCCCCUCGUCACGCCAGCUGCCGGUGCGGCCACCGGCGGUGUCCCCCGCAGAAAGGUCCUCAUCGCCACCAUGGAGUACAACAUCGACGACUGGAAGAUCAGCAUUAAGAUCGGUGGUCUUGGUGUCAUGGCCAAGCUCAUGAGUCAAGCCCUGACCCACGUCGACCUGAUCUGGGUUGUCCCCGUCGUUGGCGACGUCGAAUACCCCUUGGAGAACGAGGCCGAGCCGAUGUUUGUCGAAGUCAUGGGCGAAUCCUACGAGGUUAAGGUCUACUACCACGUCCACAAGAACAUCACCUACGUCAUCCUCGAUGCUCCUAUCUUCCGCCAACAGACCAAGGCCGACCCGUACAUUGCCCGCAUGGACGAUCUCGAGAGUGCUAUUCUGUACUGCGCCUGGAACAGCUGUAUCGCCGAGUCUAUCCGCCGCUUCAACGUCGACAUCUACCACAUCAACGAUUACCACGGUGCCGCCGCUCCCCUUUACCUCCUUCCUGAGACCGUUCCCGUCUGUCUGUCUCUGCACAACGCCGAGUUCCAGGGUAUGUGGCCCAUGAGAACCGAGGAGGAACAGAAGGAAGUGUACAGCGUCUUCAACCUGCCCCCGAAGGUCGUCAAGGACUACGUCCAGUACGGCUCCGCUUUCAACUUGCUGCACGCUGCUGCCAGUUACCUCCGUAUCCACCAGCGCGGUUUCGGUGCCGUUGGUGUCUCCAAGAAGUAUGGUGAUCGUUCCCUGGCUCGUUACCCCAUUUUCUGGUCUUUGAAGAACAUUGGUCAACUGCCUAACCCCGAUCCUUCCGACACUGGCGAGUGGAACCCCGAGGAGGACAUCUCCAACCACCAGGACGACAUCAAGAUCGACGAGACUUUCGAGGCCAACCGCGCUACUCUUCGCAGACAAGCCCAGGAAUGGGCUGGUCUUGAGGUCAACCCCAAUGCUGAUCUGUUCGUCUUCGUCGGUCGUUGGUCGCUGCAAAAGGGUGUCGACUUGAUCGCCGAUAUCUUCCCCACCGUUCUCGAGAAGUACCCUUCCACCCAACUUAUCUGCAUUGGUCCCGUCAUCGAUCUCUACGGAAAGUUCGCAGCUCUCAAGCUCGCUAAGCUUAUGGAGAAGUACCCCAAGCGUGUUUUCAGCAAGCCCGAGUUCACUCAGCUGCCCCCCUACAUCUUCUCUGGUGCCGAAUUCGCCCUCAUUCCCUCUCGUGACGAGCCCUUUGGUCUCGUUGCCGUCGAGUUCGGUCGUAAGGGAGCUCUGGGUGUCGGUGCUCGUGUCGGUGGUCUUGGUCAAAUGCCCGGUUUCUGGUUCACGGUCGAGUCCAUGACUCCUGCCCAUAUGCUUCAGCAGUUCAAGCAGGCUAUCGAAUCCGCUCUGAAGUGCAAGCCGAGAAAGAGAGCUCUCAUGCGUGCCUGGAGUGCUAAGCAGCGUUUCCCCGUCGCCCAAUGGAUCAGACAACUAGAUACCCUCUACAACGACUCUAUCAAGGUUCACAAGAAGGAGGCUGCUAAGCAGAAGAAGUCUGGUGGCAUUCGCAACCUGACCGACUCUUCUCUCCGCUCCAGUGUUGCUGUCAGCGAGUAUGGUGCCGAGUUGACUCCUACCGGUUCCAGAGCCACGUCUCCUCUCCCCCCGCCUACUCGUGUCGCCAGCCCUCGCAUCUCCGAAUCUCCUGGUCUGCCUGUUCCCAACCUCCCUUGGCACAGCAUCCCGUCUUCUCGUCGCAGCUCUUUCUCGAGCUCUAUCGGAGGUGGUCGCGAGAGUAUGAUGAGUGUGGACAGCUUUGCCAUCCGCGCUCAGAACGAUGCUACUUCUCCCGUCACUCCUGGCUUUGGCGACUUGGCUCUCCCUCAACCCAGCUUCUACAAGCAGCAGCGCAACAGCUCUCAGCUGUCCUUGCCUGAUGUCGUUGGUGACCGCCACGAUCUCAAGUUGAUGAACGUUGACCAGAACUUCACGGACAAGAACGGAGAAUUCUACGACGAGUUCGAGCAAAUGCUUAACAGUCUUACCGCCAAGAACUCUAUCAACGACCUUUGCAUUGAGAACUACCUCCAAAAGAGUGAGAAGAAGUGGUUUGCCAGAUACCGUGAUGCCAAGCUUGGCCGCAGAGACCACAGCCGCUCAAGAAGCCCCAAUCCCAGCCGCCCCGGCUCCAGCGCUGGUCUCGGUGCCAAGAUGGACGGCGAGCGUGGCCGCAGCCGCACCCCCAGUGGUCUCACGGGCGCUACUCGCUACGACGACAGCCCCGUUGACGAUGAGUUCCUGUUGGGUGACAACUACAACGCACCCACUGGUCUCAAGAAGAUCCUGUCUAUCCGCAUCGGCGAUUGGCCCGUUUACGCUUUCUUCCUCUCUUUCGCCCAAGUCAUCUCCAUCAACUCGUACCAAAUCGUCCUCCUUACUGGUGACACCAACCAGACGCCCCUCAAGCUGUACAUUGUUGCAGCCACCUAUCUCGUCACGUCCUUCUUGUGGUGGUUCCUGGUCCGUAUGACCAAGUCCGUUUACGCCCUCUCCCUUCCCUGGUUCUUCUUCGGCCUGGCCUUCCUCCUGUUGGGUGUCUCGCCACUACUGUCCCCUUGGCAAGCCAGCGCUGCUAUGCAAGACGCCGCCACCGCUCUCUAUGCUGCUGGCGCUAGCGCUGGUGCUCUGUCCUUCGCUCUCAACUUCGGUGACGAAGGUGGAGCUCCCACGAAGCAAUGGAUCAUGCGUGCCCUCGCGGUUGCGGGUGUUGCCCAGGUCUACUCCCUGAUGCUCUGGUACUGGGGAUCCCUGACGCACACCCCGGAGACCUCUCCCAUGGCCUACCUUGACGGCACGACCAUCCCCAAGUCUGUCAUCAUCUGCGUUCCCGUUGCUUGCAUCCUCUGGGCAAUCGGUGUCAUUCUGUUCUUGGGUCUUCCCGACUACUACCGCCAGGCUCCCGACGUCAUCCCCGGUUUCUACAUCUCCCUCAUCCGCCGCAAGCUCGUCCCGGUCUUCUUCAUCAUGAUCAUUAUCCAGAACUACUGGCUGUCGGCUCCCUACGGACGUAACUGGGGUUUCCUCUUUGCCUCUCAGUUCAUCCCUGGCUGGGGAGUUGUGCUCCUUGCCUUGGGCUUUUUCGUCGUCCUUUGGGGCAUCAUCCUCUACGUCUUCUCUUACUUCUCCGAGAGUCACACGUGGCUUCUGCCUAUUUUCGCCAUCGGUCUCUGCGCUCCUCGCUGGGCGCAGAUGCUUUGGGGAACCAGCAGCAUGGGCAUGUACCUCCCCUGGGCUGGUGGCCCUGUCGGCUCCGCCAUUCUCUCGCGUUGCCUGUGGCUCUGGCUCGGUCUCUUGGACAACAUCCAGGGUGUCGGCCUAGGUAUGAUGCUUCUCGCGACACUUACCCGCCAGCACGUGUUGGCUGUCCUCAUCGGUGCUCAAAUCGUGGGCAGUGCCUUCACGAUGCUGGCGCGCGCGACGAGUCCCAACGCCCUGUCGCCCAACACGACCUUCCCCGACUUCUCCCAGGGCCUCAUGCCUGGUAUUGCGAGUUGGUGGUUCUGGAUCUGCUUGGGAUUCCAAAUGGUCAUCCCAAUCCUCUUCUUCAAGUUCUUCAGAAAGGAGCAGGUCUCGAAGCCUUAA